GUACCAUUCAAGAAAUAUGUCGUUUUCCAGUUCGUAAAGGAUGGCGUUGUGGUUUGGAAACCUGAACACGUUGUUGUUUUUAUAUGUCUAUGUAUUAUCACAGACAGGAAAUCUGUGUUCAUCAGAAGAAAACAGGCAAAUAGAGAAAAAAGAUCUACGUCUAAGAGAUAUAGUAUUUAUUGUAUUGAGUCAAUCCAAUACUUACCACAAACAAAGAGCCAAGGAAUUUAAUCAUCAUUUUCAUAAACAACUCCGAGAUACAUCACAGGAAGAUCAUCCAGAACUUUAUUUACUACAUAAAAAAUGGCCAUCAACUGGGAGCUGGACAAUAUUUCCUAUUUUACAAAAUAUAGCAGAAAAGUUUAAAGAAAAAUCAUGGGUGAUAUUUGUAGAGGAAGAAACACGUGUCGAUUUAAGUCGACUUGUUGAUGUUCUCAAUAAAUAUGAUUAUAAAAAGGAAUAUUUUCUUGGUAAAGCUUUAUAUGAUAAAUCACCAACUAUAAUCCAUCAUUUUGCAUUUUUUGAUGAUCCGAGAAAGUUUGGAUACCCCGAUCCGGCAGCGGGCAUGUGUUUUAGUCAGGGGUUGUUGACAAGUUUAGCUGAGAGACUGGCUACAGAAGACGUUAAAAAUGAUUUUACUAUAGAUUAUAAACAUGAACUUGCUUUGUAUAUAUGGAAAGAUGGUAAAGGUGUUAAUUUAACAAAUGUUGAAGAAUUUUGUACAAUUUCUGAUUCACCCAACUGUGUAACAACUUCACCAUUCCUCUUCCCUAAAUGUGGUUCACCUGUGUCAAGAAAUGACAUCUAUGUUGCUGUUAAAACAUGUGAGAAAUUUCAUAAAGAUAGAAUACCUAUAGUAAAAGCCACAUGGGGAAAAGAGAAUAUAGAUAUAGAAUAUUUUAGUGAAACAGAGGAUAGUUUGAUACCAACGAUUGAUCUGGGAAUACCAAAUACAGAAAGAGGUCAUUGUGGAAAGACUCUAGCAAUAAUGAAAAGAUUUGUGGAAGAAGAGAAACUAUCGUCUAAACAAUGGUUGCUGAUAGCAGACGAUGAUACUAUCAUAAAUUUAAAGAGAUUACGUCGUUUGUUAUCAUGUUAUAACUGGAAGGAGGAUAUAGCAUUAGGUGAAAGAUAUGGUUAUGCUUUAAAAGAUGGAUAUGGUUACGAUUAUAUCACUGGUGGAGGAGGAAUGGUAUUUAGUAGAAGUGCAGUAAAAGAAAUAGCAAGUCAAUGUAAAUGUCCGAGUAAUGAAUCACCUGAUGAUAUGAUACUUGGUAUGUGUUUAAAAAGAAUGAAAAUACCUAUAAUUCACAGUAAAUACUUCCAUCAGGCACGUCCAGAAGAUUAUAGCUCUGACUUUCUCUCUGAUCAAAUACCUAUUUCCUUUCAUAAACAUUGGAUGGUUGAUGCAUAUAAAGUGUAUGAUUUAUUACUAGAGGGGGAUCCAGCAGAUCAUGAUGAACUCUAGAGCUCAACAUUCAUCAAUUAGGCCAUACAAAAAAAAUAUUCUGGUUGUCAGACAAUCCUUCAAAACAAUCUGAUGAAUGAGACUUUUCACAAAGUUUUACAUUUUAUCUCUACUCCUUCCAUCUUGUAUCCCCAUAAAGUAUAAUUUCAGUCAUUUCCUUCCAUCUCUUAUCCCCAUAAAGUAUAAUUUCAGGCAUUUCCUUCCAUCUUCUAUCCCCAUCAAGUAUAAUUUUAGUCAUUUUCUUCCAUCUCCCAUCCCCAUAAAGUAUAAUUUCAGUCAUUUCCUUCCAUCUCCUAUCCCCAUAAAGUAUAAUUUCAGUCAUUUCCAUUGCAUUACUACAAAGGGGGGGUGGGGGUGUAAGGGGCAAAUGUUUUAACAUGUGUGCUUUAGAUCAUGAUGUCUGUCAUUGAGUGGCAUGGUUUCAAUUCCCGGCUUGUACGUCUGUCCAACCAGAUGUGUUUUCUCCAUGUCUUCCUCCCACUGCUAAAGACCCCUACACGUAAGCGAAUUAUUAAAAUAGAAUUAGAUCAUGUUUGUCCCAAAAUGACCUAAUUUGUGUCUCGUGGAUGUUAAACUCCAUUCCACUCUCAACCCCAUAAAGUAUAAUUUCAUUCAUUUUCCUCUCAAUACUACAUGUAAAAUGUACUUAAAAAAAACUAAAAAAAUUGAGCAUAAGAAUGGAAGAUUACCAUUUUGUGAUAAAAAUGCAUCAUUAACCAUUAGAGUAUUAUUUAUGAUUGUCAUAAUAUUUAUCAGGGUUACUUCCCUUUACCUACAAGAAUUAUGAACAUGGGAUAAUAAAUGAGAAUGUUUUAAGUUACAUGGCAGUAUUUGAAAACCAGGGCAUUUUUUUAUAUGGUGUUUAUUAUGUGCAAUUUUACAGGCGGUAUGCACCGCUCAUACUUUAGCUAACUUUGUAUUUUAUUGAAAUAUUAAAAGUCAAAUUUCGGUAUGACAGUGAGGACUAUUCCAUCCUUUAUUCAUGUCUACUCUCUUGGUCUGAAUCAGCUUUUGAUCAACAACUACACAGAUCUAUUGGCUUUUCCAGCCACAGGCACUGAUACUCUUUCAAGGGAGUGUUGCCAUAUACCCCCACUGUAUCGCAUGACAAAUAUGUUAAUUAUAAAAUAUUAAUAUCUUUAUUUAGAAUUAAGAAAUUAUCUUAGCUAGAGUUAGAACGGUGCAUAUAGGAAUAAGAAUCUUUUAUCUUUGAAAAACUUUUAAUUUCUGAAGAGGUAAAAAUAUGUCUUAUUUGUUAUGGUAUGCUUGCAGAAUCAAAAAGUUUUUAUUGUGGGAAUUUUUAUUAAUACUGAUUUUGUUUUUAUACUGUUUUUGUUUUUAUUUAUAACUGGGGAUUUUGCUUAAUACUGAUUUUGUUUUAUUAAAUCAGUUCACAGUUUGGGAUUAUGAUCAUGGUUGUCCUUAUUUAUUUUCAAGUAAGUGUUCAGGAAUCAAAAAGUGUGGACAACAUGAGUGGCAAAGUUUGUUUAAUAAUAUUUGCAGUAGGAUAAGUUUUUACGAAUCAAAAAUAUUUAGAAAACAUAUAUUUGUUUUUAUACACCCACACAUAGUUUGGGGCAGUUUGGGCGUAUAUAGUUGUUACCCCGUUGGUCCGUCCAUAAACAAUAGAGGGUUUAGUCUUUAACAUCUUUUUCAAAUUCAGCUCCUUUCCCGAAAACUUUGUGAACAUGAUACAGGCUAUAGUUUUUAAUUUAGUGUGAAGCAUUCGGAUCAUGAGAGGAUGAACCCUAUCCAUAUUCAGCGUUUCUCAACCUUCUGUUGUGGUGCCCAAUUCCCAAAAAAUUGUGAAUGCAAUACAGGCUUUAGUUCUUAAUGGACUUUUUUCAAAUUUGGUGGGAAGUAUUGGAUUAUAAGAGGAUGAACUCUAUAGAUAUUCUGUUUCAUAUUUGAUGUGAAGCAUUUUGGCAAUUGAGGACGACCCCGGUCAAUAUUCAGCAACUUUCAUUUCCAGAGUUAUCCCCCCUAUGCCAAAAUAUCAGAUUUGGUCAACAUCCAAGUUUUCCUUUGGGAUAUGCUGCUGUGGUGGAGGUAUUUCCACACUUUGUGGUGGCUAUCUUUUAUUUAUGUGAAAGACAGUACAGCUAGGGAUUAUAGUCAUGGAAUGUACAGUACAGCUGUCUUAUGUUUUCCUUUACAAUAGCUACACAUCUUGUGCAUUAAUGAAUGGAAUUCGAGUCAGUUGUCUUGUUAAAUGGACUAAAUUGGGGUUUUUUUUUAUCAAAUUUCCUACUGCUGUAGCUAAAAAGCAAAUGAAUUACUUAAAUCAAGAAAUUACUGGAUAUCAGUCCUGAAAUGAGCUGCUUGUGUUAAGUGGAUGUUAAACCUUAUUUCUUAUAAUUGUUAUAUUUUAUUGCCACCAAAUCAAAUGACAUGUUAUUACCUGGUAUGUGGUUCUAGAAUGAUGGUGUUUCCGUCAAGUUAUAUUAUCAUUCUACAGAUCUGAUGUUAUUUCUGAAUCUCUUUGAGGAUUAUUUUCGUAGGUUUUUUUUUAAAAUUGUAUUUUUGUAAUGAUAUAAUUUGUUUGUGGGUUUAUUAGUACUAUAUAUAUUGGUACAAUAUGAAUUGUAUAAAGUUAAAAAUUUUUGGUUUGUUAUUUAUGAACAUUGUAAAAUCUACUAAAAAAACCAACAAAGGGCAGAUAAAUAAAGAAAAUCAAGUAGAAAAGGAUAAAAUUAAUUUGUUUUUGAAUAAUUAAAGU